AGCAGUAAACAGGUUGUGGUCAGAAGCAGCGGGGUCUGCUGGGAAGGCGCAGACCGGAGCAGAGGAGCCUCUCCCCCCGUUUUUAUCGGUUUUAUUUCCUCUCGGCCGCCAUGAAGUUCGUGAGGUUCAUCAUGAAGAACGCGGCCCUGGCCAGCGCCCCCAAACACAUCGAGCACUUCUCCAAGUUCUCCCCGUCGCCGCUGUCCAUGAAGCAGUUCCUGGAUUUCGGCUCCAUCAACGCCUGUGAGAAGACGUCCUUCGUGUUCCUGAGGCAGGAGCUUCCUGUCCGGCUGUCCAACAUCCUGAAGGAGAUCAACCUGCUGCCGGACCGGCUGCUCGCCACGCCGUCCGUGCAGACGGUGCAGAGCUGGUACAUCCAGAGUCUGAUGGAGAUCCUGGAGUUCCUGGACAAGAACCCCGACGACCACAGAGUCCUGGGCGAGUUCGUGGACGCUCUGGUGACCAUCAGGAACCGGCACAACGACGUGGUUCCCACCAUGGCCCAGGGCGUCAUCCAGUACAAGGAGGUCUUCCCGCAGGACGUCGGCACCAACCAGAACAUCCAGUACUUCCUGGACCGCUUCUACAUCAGCCGCAUCUCCAUCCGGAUGCUCAUCAACCAGCACACUCUGAUCUUCGACGGCACCACCAACCCCGUCCACCCCAACACCAUCGGCAGCAUCGACCCGCAGUGCCAGGUGGCCGACGUCGUCCAGGACGCCUUCCACAGCGCCAAGAGCCUGUGUGACCAGUACUACCUGCGCUCGCCAGACCUGGUCCUGCAGGAGAUCAACCACAAGAAGAGGAAUCACCCCAUCAGCAUCGUGUACGUGCCGUCCCACCUCUACCACAUGCUGUUCGAGCUCUUCAAGAACGCCAUGAGAGCGACGAUCGAGACGCACGAGAAGAGGAAGGAGCUGCCGCCCGUCCAGGUGCUGGUGUCUCUGGGAGGAGAGGACAUGUCCAUCAAGGUGAGCGACACUGGGGGCGGCGUUCCCUUCCGGAGGAUCGAGAACCUGUUCAGCUACAUGUACUCCACCGCGCCGGCGCCGCAGGUCGGAGACGGCGCCCGGCCUCCGCUGGCGGGCUUCGGCUACGGCCUGCCCAUCUCCCGACUCUACGCCAAGUACUUCCAGGGCGACCUGCAGCUGUACUCCAUGGAGGGCUACGGCACGGACGCCGUCAUCUACCUGAAGGCGCUCUCCACGGACUCCAUCGAGAGGCUCCCGGUCUACAACAAGACGGCGCUGCGGCACUACCUGGUCAGCCACGAGGCCGACGACUGGUGCGUCCCCAGCAGGGAGCCGCUGGACCUGAGCGGCUUCAAGGUGGCCAAGUGAGGCCGGCGCCGCCGUGGGACGGGACCGGGGCGGGGCGGGGCCAGGCGUAGCCCCUCCCCCCGCCAGUCAGCCCGCGGUAGCAUGCCGUGUUUUCCUUUUCUGAAUGUAGGCCCGUAGAGAGCAGCGACUAACAGGCGGCGGCGGCGGACACGGUUUGUUUCAGCGAACAGGAAGUUCCUGUUGUUCGGCCUUAACUUAGCAGAUUCUCCCAAAGCCUCCUCUCUUUUUUGGGAAUACUUGAAGCUGCUUGAACUCACACUCCUGCUGCUCCUUCCUGGAUUUCCCCGGACGGUCCUCGGUCUCCGGAUCAAAAGUAUGACGGAGUGGAUGGUUGUGGUUGUUCUUGUUGUUGUUUUUUAUUUCGCAUGGUGGAUCUCUGCUUUUUCACUAACGUUUUCCCGACCAGGCUGAAUGUGAACCACGCUUUCUGUGCAUCAUUUACAGGAAAUAAAAAAAAAAAGCAGUAUUUAAUGAGAAUCCUGCAGCUCAGACGAGUUGUGGGACCUCCAGAGGACGCCACGGUCCGGUCGGCGGUCCGGUCUGGGGUUGUGGGACCUCCAGAGGACGCCGCGGUCCGGUCGGCGGUCCGGUCCGGUCCGGUCCGGGGUCUUGUCCCGCAGCGCCAGGCCAGGGUCCACGUGUGUCUUUCUUUUUGUAUUGAAUGAGCCUGGAGCAUUCAGUAUGUAAAGUUAUUUUUAUAGCUGCACUUUUGUGAAAGAAAGAACUGUAAACACUGUAAAUAGUCCAGAUGAUGAUGAUGAUGAUGAUGAUGAUAAUAAAAACAGGAAGUAGAAAAGGU